GGCCGCUCCCCCGGCCAGGGGGUGCGAGCUGUAUGGGAUAAGAUCUUUCCAGAGUAAUAAGCAUGGUUCGGCAACGAACAUGUGUAUUAUGUCACAUUGUGUACAACUCAAAAAAGGAGAUGGAAGAACACAUGAGAAGCAUGCUUCACCACAGAGAACUUGAAAACUUGAAGGGAAGGGAAAGCAACCAUGAAUGCCGGGUGUGCAGGGUGACAUUGGUGGGUUUGUCAUCAUAUGCCAAGCACAUCUCCAGCCAGUUGCACAAAGACAAUGUUAAUGCCCAUGACAGAAAAGAGGAAGAGAAAGAAGAGGCAGAAGAAGAAUACCUUGACAAAGAACUCAUUCAACUAAUCAAGCAAAAGAAGGAACGGCAAGCUGAACCAAGCUGUGCAAACCAAGAAUUAGAAUGUGAUGACAGGAGAUCACAGAGAAGGAGAGAAGAAAGAGCUACUUACAAAGAAAGAGAAGCUUAUGAUCAGUCGUCGUGGCAUCAUCAUAAUGCAUCGCAAAGGGACUGGAAGUGGGAAAAGGAUGAUUAUAUUAGUCCUAGACAAGGCAAAUUUUCACACUCUCAGAGGAACCUCAAUAUAAACAGACAUUCAGGUGGCCCAAGGGGGCGCUCUGGGUGGCACCAGAAUGUUUCAGGAAGCUCUUCAAAUUGGCAUAACUAUGGGAAUUCUGGAAGUGUUCGGCAUGCAGGUGGGCGAGGAGGAGGAACAUCAAAUUGGCAUCACGGUGCCAGAGAAAGAAGUUCUACUUGGCACUCAGAGGAAACAGGUCAUUUUUCUAGCUGGAAUUCCAAGAGUUAUGGAGGAAACUGGAAACCGAGUCCUCAUGGUGCAAAUGGCUGGAAUUUUGGAAGCUCAGGAGAGUCGUAUUCAUCAGAGCCAAUUAAAUACAAUAAGGAAAGGUAUACAUGGCAGCGGCCAGAGAAAGAGGAUGUUCCGCCGUACAGGAAUCGAAGAAAUAGGAGUGACUUGCACGAUUUUACUAGCGAUAAGCUUCCUUCUGAGGGGGCGUUGGAUUUUAGUACGUCAAAGCAACCAGAAAGCAAAACUUCAAGAGCCAGUGGAAAAAGCGUCAGUCCUUCCAGAGAUAAAACAUAUCGCUGGACUCCCUACCCGUCACAGAAAGCUGCAGAGCAGCAACCAUGGUCUGAAGAUAAUGUUUCUAAAACUCCAGAUAAAAUGGAUUCUGUACUUAUGGCUUCUACUGAUUCAUCAAUGAAAGGAAAAACUUGUGAAGUCAGUGUUAGCCUUUCAAAACUUAAAAACCAGGAAGCAUCUUCCUCUUCUAAUGUAACCUCAGAUCACCUUGAUUCUUGCCAGGUAAUGAAAGACUGUUCCAGUGGUGAAAAGCCUAACAAAGAUGAUAGCGGAAGUAAUAAGAUGCCAUCACUGAAAUCCCCUCUUCUGAAUAUCACAGAUAUGAAGUUAUCCUUGACAAAGCAAGACACAAACAGUCUCUUAAAAAAUGUCAAGCUUCUUUUAUCCUCAACUGGUAGUGAAGAGCAGAAUCAUUUGAAUGCAGUGAACUUGGAAACAAAUGGUUUCUCCUCUUAUUCAUCAAAGCUGCAUGGUGCUUGUGCUGGUAACUUACAUGACAACAAAGAUGUGCUUGGUAGCAAUCUUGGAGAACCUGUUAAUAACUUAAGUGAAGCAGAACAAAAAUCUGAAGAUGUUCAGUCCAACCAUUCCUUGCACAAUGCUCCCUUAAGCUCUGGCAAGGAUACAAGUGACCAGAAUAGGGAAGAAACUGGGAAAGCAUUGCCAAAGAAGGAGUUCAGACUAGAUUCAUUAGAAGAUGUGAGCGGUGAUGAUUUAAUGGGAAGUGAGAAGUCAGAAGCAAGUGUUGACAAGUUGGGUUCUUCUGUUAGGUCUUGUUUACCCUGUGACACUCCUGAAGGUAGACUUGCCACCUCUGAAAAGAAAGAUGAUGAAAAGCUAGCUGCUUCAAGUAUUACUUCUGCUGAACUAAAAAAUUUUACAUUUCGGAUAGAAUCCACGGUUUCUCCAUUAAGCAGUCAGGAUGGUUUGCAUGUGGAUUUGAAAACCUCGCAGGAUGGAGAAGGGAAUGAAGAGUGUGUCAAGUCACAUGAUCAAUUUGAAAUGGAAGGUUUUGAAAAUCCUUCAGAUAAUGAGCUUCAAAAAGGAGGAAGCCAGUCAGGAGGCCUUCUUCCUGAUUUAAGCAAAUUUGGCCUCCCUGCUUCUCUGCAAAGAGAUCUGACGCGGCAUAUUAGUCUGAAGAGCAAAGUUGGGACACAUCUCCCAGAGCCCAAUCUCAAUAACGCACGGCGCAUUCGGAAUGUGAGUGGCCAUCGGAGAAGUGAGGCAGAGAAGGAGUCGGGGCUUAAACCCACCCUCAGGCAGAUUCUUAGUGCUUCCCGGCGAAAUGUAAACUGGGAUCAGGUCAUCCAGCAGGUAACCAAGAAGAAACAGGAACUUGGCAAAGGUUUACCAAGGUUUGGCAUAGAAAUGGUGCCUCUUGUUCAAAAUGAGCAAGAGGGUCUAGAACUCAGUGAAGAUUCUGAUCUGUCUACUCUGGAAGGAUUCCAGUGGGAAGGGAUUUCCUUAGCAGUGUCUGGCUCAGCCAGAAAACGUAGCUUUUCUGAAAGCAGUGUCAUAGCAGACAGAAAUCCUUCUGCUUAUAGCUUUUUCAGUGAACAAGCCAAAAUAAAAGAAAGUGGGCAAAGGCAAAUAAUUGCAACCAGCCACUCACAUCACAUAACAUCUGGAUAUGAGGCAAGCACUGACAUUGAGGCUGACCAGAAACAGGAGACAGAGGCAUCAUCUCUUACUUUGUCACCUUUUAUGUCUGAAAGAACUGAGACUACUGGAAGAAGUCACAGCCUAGAGGCUGCCUCUGAGAUCACAGGCCUCACAAAACAAAACCAGAAGAGCCCAGAGAAGAGAACAACUCUUCUUGAAAAACAAAAUGUACUAGAGAUCUCAGAAGAGAAUCGUCCAGCUUCAAAUAGUACUUCACUUCUUGCAGUGUCUAAUAACAUAGAUGCAGCUACAGAUAGUAGCUGCACAUCUGGAACUGAACAGAAUGACAGCCAAGGACUUGGAAAGAAGCGGAGAGCAACUGGGGAGGGAUCAUCUCCUGAAAUCCCUAGUCUAGAAAGAAAGAAUAAGAGAAGAAAAAUCAAAGGUAAAAAAGAACGUUCUCAGGUAGACCAGUUGUUGGCUGUUUCGCUGAGAGAAGAAGAAUUAAGCAAGUCCCUGCAGAGUGUGGACACCAGUCUCUUGCAGGCUAGGGCUGCCCUGCAGGCUGCGUAUGUCGAGGUUCAACGGUUCCUUGUAUUAAAGCAACAGAUAACAAUGGAAAUGAGCACUCUGAGAAGUCAGAGAAUCGAGAUCUUACAGGGGCUACAAGAAACCUAUGAACCUUCUGAACUCUCAGAGCAACUUCCCUGCAGUGUCUUAAGUGAGAGAAGAAACAGCAAAUCUCAGAUGGCAGCUGACUUAAUUCCUGCAGGCCCUCUCCAGCCCCUUUUGGACCCUUUGUAUUCUUCUGUACCUCCACUAGGAUCUUCUGUUCAUGUAAACACGCCAUCACCAUUCCAGUCUUCUGGCAGCACACCUGCCGAUGCUCCUGACUCCUCAGUACAAGUUAAACGAGAACCUGUGUCUCCAAAAGGCACAAAGGAAAAUGUGAAUUCUGUACUCCAGAGUUCUCCAUGUGCUUCACGAGCAGAAGAAGUCGAGCAGAAGGAUGAAGAGACCAACCCGAAAACUUCAGUGUAUCCAGUUAUCUCUGCAACCAUGUCGCUAUCAGAGCUGAUAUCUUGUUUCCAACACACUAAUCAAGAUGUCCACAAGCCUGCUGCAGACAGAGUAAAGUCUGGACUCCCUGAGAACCCUUCUCCUCAAUCACUGUCUGUUUUCAGCAAGAGCGAGGCAAAUGAUACAGUAGCUGAAGAAUUUUUAUUGCAUCAGUGUAGCACUUCUCUUUCAAAGCAUUCGGUCCUCCUAGGAAUGCCAACGGAUAAAACCCCCAAAUUGUCAGCAGAACCAUCUGAGCAACACUUGGCAGCCACUGUAGUCCCAGCAGAAAAAGGGAACAGGAGGAGGAGAAGGUUAAGGAAGAAGAAAACUCUGAGGGCAGCCCAUGUGCCAGAGAACAGCGAUACAGAGCAGGAUAUGAUUGACUCCAAGCCUGUCCGGAAAGUCAAGGGUGGAAAGGUUCCUAAAGGAGAAAAAGUUACUACAUCUACUUCUCCAAGAGAGGAGGAUGGAGCUACUGCUCAAAGAGCAAGAAACAAAGAUAAGAAUGACAGUGAUGCUUCUCUGGAACUAGUGGAAGUUUCAGCACCUCAGUGUGAGGUGGUUGAUGUUGGUUCAUCAGAGUCAGGAGAUGAGAAACCAGACAGUCCAUCAAAGAGGGAUUCACGCAGCUCUGUGGAUCAAGCAGUCCUAGAGGCAUCUUGCUCUGGUUAUGAUGAAGUGAGCUCCACCAGUGAAAUUGGCACAAAUUAUAGGAAUGAUGGGGAAAGAAGUGUGGCUGAGACGCAGGCUUCCAUAUCAUCACUGAGAGGAUCAAAGAAUUCCUCAGAAGUGUCUUCGGAGCCAGGUGAGGACGAAGAACCUACAGAGGGAACCUUUGAGGGACACUUGGCUGCAGUGAAUGCUAUUCAGAUUUUUGGGAAUUUGUUGUAUACCUGCUCAGCAGACAAAACUGUUUGUGCCUACAAUCUCGUUAGCAGGAAGUGUGUGGCCAUCUUUGAAGGACAUACUUCAAAAGUGAACUGCCUUCUGGUUACUCAGACAAAUGGGAAGAAUGCUGCACUCUACACUGGCUCAAGCGACCACACUAUCAACUGUUACAAUAUCAAGACCAAAGAGUGUAUGGAACAAUUUAAAUUGGAAGAUCGAGUGCUCUGUUUACACAGUAGAUGGCGGAUCCUUUAUGCAGGCCUUGCAAAUGGCACUGUGGUUACUUUCAACAUAAAGAAUAAUAAACAGGUUGAUACCUUUGAAUGCCAUGGCCCUAGAGCAGUGAGCUGUCUAGCCACAGCUCAGGAAGGAGCACGCAAGUUGUUGGUAGUGGGUUCCUAUGACUGCACCAUCAGCGUGCGAGACGCACGGAAUGGACUGCUUCUCAGAACCCUGGAAGGUCACAGCAAGACUAUACUCUGCAUGAAGGUUGUGAAUGAUCUGGUAUUCAGUGGCUCCAGUGAUCAGUCUGUCCAUGCCCACAACAUUCAUACUGGAGAGCUCGUACGAAUCUAUAAGGGCCAUAACCAUGCAGUGACAGUUGUGAACAUUCUUGGGAAGGUGAUGGUGACAGCAUGUCUGGAUAAAUUUGUUCGUGUUUAUGAACUACAGUCACACGACCGCUUGCAAGUCUAUGGAGGCCACACAGAUAUGAUCAUGUGUAUGACCAUCCAUAAGAGCAUGAUCUACACUGGAUGCUAUGAUGGCAGUGUCAGAGCUGUGAGGCUUAAUCUGAUGCAAAAUUAUCGUUGCUGGUGGCAUGGAUGUUCACUGAUCUUUGGAGUUGUGGAUCAUCUGAAACAACACCUGCUAACUGACCACACCAAUCCAAAUUUUCAGACCCUGAAAUGUCGUUGGAAGAACUGUGAUGCUUUCUUUACUUCCAGGAAAGGUUCCAAGCAGGAUGCCGUAGGACACAUUGAAAGACAUGCUGAGGAUGACAGCAGGAUUGACUCAUGAAGCUUUUCACCUCCCACAUUGGGAAGUAAUUUUAUAUGUCAGAAUUAUUCCAAAUAACAUCUGUUCCUUUCUCCAGUCUUCCCUCUUUCUUUUCCCACUUGGAAUGUAAAAACUGAGUGGGGCUGAAAUGCAUUGCUAUGGAGACUGCAGGUGGUGUUGCACUCUGUAGAAGCAAGGCUGGUCAAUUAAGAUUUAGCCCAAAUUCUUGAAACUUUUUAAUUCAUUGACAGACGAGAAUAUUCCCUCCUCUUGUCUGCCUCGGUUUUUAUUGUUUGGGGUUUUUUUCUGGUGGUUUUUUGUUUGUUUGUUUGUUUUAAGAUGUAUAGUCUUUGGGAAAUCCAGAGGGGUGUUGAGAACUUAGAUUCCAAUAGGUGCUGGUGUUUGCAAACUCAGCUUGAGGCCUGUUAAACGUCUAAGACAUGUCUGUUUUUAUGUUGUAUCAAAUUUUUUAGCCGAUUUUGAUAAAAUUCUGCAAACUAGAAUAUCACAAAUUCUAAACGUAACCUGCAUUUCUGCUGUACAUUUUUACUUUCUUCAUAGAAAGAAAAGGUAUUUUAUGGAGACUGGAAUAAAUUAAUUUUUUUAAUGUUAAUUGUAACUUAUUUUUUAUUCCUUAUGUAAAAAUUGCUAUAACUGGCACAAUAUAUGCAGUGAUAGAUACCAUACCUCCUGAUGUAUUUUGUUUAUUUGUGGGACAGCAGUUAUUUCUUGAGAAUUAUGUCAAUAGCAGCAAAACAGCCAGAACAGUGGCUCUACUCAUGUGCUUUGCAAUCUUAGUCUUUUUAAAUAUAGGUCUUUAUGUACAGGAAAGAAGUAAGUGGUGUCUGGUUUGUUUUAGUUAAAGACCAGCAUAACCACUACUGUCUUGGUACAACACCACAGUUGGAUUCCUGAUUUUAUUUGAAAUCUUAGUGACUGAGCUUUGCAGUCCCAUAUCUUCAAACUAAGAGAAAUGCAAAGGCACUGCCUGUCUACGUGCAUCCACUCAGGCAGUUUUUUGUUUCUGUUGUUAACUGUCUUAAUUAGCUUGGGCUAUGUCAAGUUCACAAAAUGUCAACUGGAAAGAACUGAGCAGAAUUUUAACAUCUAAAGUACUCAAGCAGAAGCUGAGGAUACGAAAUGCAUAUCACAUGUGAAAGUCUUGUUUCUACUAAUGCACAGAAAGUACCACAGAGAGGCCAGUGCAGAAGGGAAGGCUGUUUCUACUUGUCAGAAUUCCUCUGCAGGUGUCCCUUGAUGGGGAACACUUCACCUGCGAAGUUCAGUAAAAGGUACUUCUUGCACUUGAGAUCCUCUCUCCCAUAAUGACACCAGUUUAGCAAAGAACCCUCUUAACAUUGAGACUAAUCCAGCAAGGAGCUUUGUGCUCACUUUUGCCUAACUUGCUGCUCUGGGUAAAAUAAGCAGAGUUUCCUUAAACUGCAACACGUGAAGACAGACCAGUGUCAAACUGAGCUGCUUAUAAAUGAAUCCAGGGCUUUUCAAAAAAAUUUAAUGUACUAUUUUUAUGAGGCAUCUCUUUCACCACUACUUUGAGAUUUGCAAGCCAUAGACCAAAUAAGAUUUAUAGCUUCAUUCUUUGACUAUAAAGAAGCCUUUUUAGGUGAAGAAAGUGAGAGAAGCCCAUGGAUGUUCCACUGCCAUCAAAUGGAGGAACUUCAGGGCCUUCUCUGAAGUACACUGAUUUUGUAUUAUCUUAGUGGACAAGCAUUUCUUUGUAAUUGCUUGACAUUGAUGAUGUUUUUUGUGAAACAGGAAUAAAAUAUGAAGGAGAUGCAGUAGCAUCCUACUUCAAUCUCUGAGGUUCCAGUGCUUUUGUGGUGAUUUGUUUCUGGUUUCUUGGUUGGGUUUUUUUUAUUAUGUUUGUGGAUAGAAAAAAGCCCCAAUAUGUGGCUCAGACUUCAGGCUGUUUUGAGAGUGUUCUUGUUUUGGUUUUUGGGGAUGUGUGUUGGUGGUGUUUUUUUUUUUUAAUCUUUCUUUCUUUCUGUGGUCUGUGGAUGAAGCAAUUCAAUAGAGAAUCAGGUUGAGGGAAAUCUUUAGGCAGUGUAAAUGUUUUCUGAUGGAGGCUCUAAUGCUCUAAAGUCUCUGAGAGUGUUUGGUUUUUUUAAUGACCUAAAAGCAGAAGACUGCAUAAUACUUAAACCAUUUCCAAAAGUGUUGAUAUUCAAGAGUUCUUCUGGGAGUUUUUUGAACAACAAUGAGGGAGCAUGUAAGCAUGGCAUAAACAGUGUGGAUGUCUCAAGCUGUCCUUCCUGGACUUUGCUUGAAGUGAAGAUGCAGAGGUGUGUCCCAAGGACAAGCAUGUGGGGCAAUAGUAGCAUUCUGAAAAAUGGUGUGUGAGAGUAGAUUUUGUUACUUCUUCACUGUAAUUCUUCACAUUCUUUUAGCUGUUUUCAGCAAUGCGUAAAGAUCUUUCUCACUUGCUGUUGCAACAAAAACAGUUAUUACACUUUAUUUGCAUUCCUGAUUGCUUGCUGGGUUUAUCUUUUCUGGUUGGUGGAAGAAGUCUUCCUUUUCUUGUAGUCCAUUAUAUUUCCUAAUCUGUCAUCGAAAACAGUCCUCCUGAGAAGUCUGGGCCUCUGAAGUCCAGCUUUAGCAGUGGUGUUUUUUGCUACUUUGCAGGUCAUUUCAGCUAUAUUGUAAGAAUCUUAAAAUGGAUAAGGUGUGGGAAAAUAGCAGAGCUGCAUGAGUGAAAAAUUUUGCUUCAUUUAAACAAUUUUUAAAAGUCCUUAGGGAUUCAGAGGAAAAUGCUGCACUGCUUUGUCAUGAGGAUGUCUUGGAAGUAUUUGCUAUGAAACUAUGCAGCUGUGAAAAUCUCCAGGCUUCUCUGGAAUUCUAUGGAGAGGUUUCCCAUUUGUUCAGGUGGAAUUCAGUGCAGAUUUCACUGUUGACCAUUCACUUCUUCUGUAGGCAAUUGUAGAAGAGAGAUGCCGAACUAAUGUAUUGGCAUGGUAUUUAUUAAUGAGAUUUUCUCUGGUCUUGAAACUUAGAGUUUUGACUCCUGAUAUACCUCCAGUCUAGGAGUGUAAUGACUUUGGGAAGGAACUAUUUGUGAAAUUUAACAGAGUAACAUUUGCAUGAAAAGCAGUAUUGCAUGUCUGAAGCCAGUUUCAGGACUAUUUAUUUUUUAUUUUGUUUUGGUUUUUUAUGCAAGUAAGAAGCUGUGGGUAAAAGAGUGAGUGGAGUGAAGGUUUAUUUUGUGGUUAGCUGUGGGAGUUUUUUAUUAGUCAAAUAUUAAAUAAUGAGUUCUGGACUUGCUAUAUGGUUGACUACGUAUGGUGGAGCCAUUUGGGAUUGGUCCAUAUUUGUUUCUCCUUUCUCUUUCAAAUACAGGGAAAAAUACAGCUAUCUGGCAGUGCAGAAUACUCUAUGGCCUAAUAAUGCUGCUUCUGUACAUGGAGGGAGAUGGAGGGAAAAGUGCUGCAUCCAUUGGUACACAGAUGCAUUAAAUAUCCCAGCUUCUGUUUGCCUUGUGUCACUUAUCCACAGACUUAAAGUCUGUGGAUUACAGACUUUAAACAUAUUGUCAGCACAUAAGUUGACUUCUGCAAAAUAGCAGGAGCUUGGCUGUGUGGUGUGUUUGAAGUAGUGCAAUUCUUAAUGCACAUUUUCAAACUGUACAAUCAUGCCAGAUGAAGGUAAAUGAUAACUGCAAACUCGCAAUAAAUGCCAGGGAAAAGGUUUUUGUUGGGAAAAUAUUUUUUUUCCCUUCUGUUGAAUUAAAACACAGGUACAGGUGACUCUUUGUUUUCAGGCUUGUAUGGUACUAUAAUUUAAACAGCCUAAGUUGUCCAGAGUUGCAGUGAGGGAGGAUAAGGAAACGGUUUCAGCUACUGUUUGUAAAAUAAUUAGUCUUCAAAGAGUAAAUUGUGUAGGUAUAAAUUCUGUUGUAUGCACCUGUCAGCUUCUCAAAUUUAAUUUUCCUGUAAUGUUAAACAGUCUUUUUGAAGAAUGAAAGUGGAAUAAAACAACUUGAUUAAAUAUGUAGUAAUUUAAACUGUGUAGAACAUGCACAGAUUGACCCUGGUUUUCUUCUCUCACUUUGGUACAAAGCUGUGAGUGUAAUAAUGAAACUUUACAUGGCAAAAGAAGAAAAAAGAAGAGAAAAAAAAUAAAGUUCUUUAUAUUGUU